AUGAGUGAAUUUCUACCAAAUUCUUGCCUGGUUGGUAUUCAUCUGACAAUAUUUACUCAUUCUGGUCCGCAGGUAGUUUUCCAUUAUCCUCCUUCUGUCGUUGGUCAUUUGAAGAGUAGGGAACGCCAGAAUAAGAGAGACCCUUCAUCUUUGGAUAAAGAAGUCAAGUAUGACCGUAGUAGUGUUGAUUUUGGCAGGAAUUCCAGUAUAAGCGGUCCUUUAACCUCACAUUCUGCAAGGUCUAGCGAAUAUCGACCCCAAGGUGAUGAAGCUACCGGCAGUCCCAAGGUGGACAGUAAUUCUGGCAACUUCCGAAGUAAAGGAAGUUCAGAUUGGGCCAAAAGGGAUGAAUCAAAAAAACCUGAGAUGGAUUCCGAUGUGGGAUCAUCAUCAUCUGGAUUGAGCGAUAGUGAGCUCUCAACAGAUUAUGCCGACUGUUCAAGCUCAUCUUCGUCUGAAUCACAUUCCUAUGAGGAAGCCGAAAAAGAACUCAACGAUUUCGGAUACGGAGAUCUGAAAGAUGACACCAAUGUUGCGCGACCAAGCAUGAUCAUGCUCUCUCACGCCAACAAUAGUUUUAGUUCGGAAUUUUCACAUUCGUCAAAACUUCUCAGAGCUAAGAGUUCCCAGAUAAGUGCAAGCAAACUCUUGGAUAUCAUCAGCACUGAUAAUCAAAACAGACGACCCUCCCGCGCCUCCGCAGUAUCGUCGGUCCAAGGAGAUGAAGGUCCCAAAGAGGAGGAAGAAAUUUCCAACACUGAAGAAGAGAUAGAAAGAAUGAUUGCUAAAGGUACUCUGAACUUCGACGAGACGCAUUUUACAGAAGAGAAUUUUCAGGAUCUGACCAAGGUGUUUGGUUUCGAUCCUGAAUUUGUUGCUGAAUUCUGCUCGCCUGAGAGAGAAAUGUGUAACGCAAGAUUCGAAUUUACGGUCGACGACCUAUGUUUUCUAGGUUUACCUGUUCACGUAGAUGCCAAUGGGCAAUGGAGAAGAUCAAGGCGCAAGAAGCAUUUUGGCCGAUCGAAGAGAUCCUCUAGCUCGGGAACGAAAGGCGGCAGCGUCACUAGGGGUAGCGGCCUGAACGACAAUGAUAGCUCCUAUAUGGAGAAUUCGUCCUCUAUGGCAGAAACAAAUGUGUUCUCAGAUAAUAUCCGCCGGUCGGAGACGUCAGAUAUUGCGAAACCCGAUGAUCUUCGAAACAGUAUGGACAUGUUCCACGUGUGCUUUGUAAUGAAUCCUUCUCUGGUUGAAUACAACAAAAGGGUAGAUGAUAUGUUCCAUUAUGUCGUGACUCGGUUAUCGAUUUUAUUGCGUUACUCACAAGCGAAGUCAGCUUACGUCUCUAAACAAUGCAACCUGAUCUUGAAAGAGAAAGAAAAAGUACUCAAGUCAUCAAAAGCGUAUCAAAACAAAAAUGAUUCCGGCCGAAGAGCAAAAUACCUGUAUCAAAGGCUCUUUGCGAAGUCGUCGCUGGCAAGGGCUCUAAUAACUUGCGUUGACAAACUGCAAAGAAACGAAAUAGCCUGCCUUGAAAUCGACGAUGAUAAGGUAAUUUCACUGCAGAUACCGAUUCAGAAUGAGUUCCGUCAUUUGCCUAAUUUCAAGCUUCAUCCGGUAUUGAAGGGUUCUUACCUGACCUCCAUACUCAAUGCCCGAUUUCUUGGAUCAUCCCCGACAAGGGAUAAUAUUCGUGAUUCAUCAAUGAUAAGGGACAAAUAUGAUGAUGACUAUGAUGACGAUCUGUUAAAUUAUGCUUUGUUGCUAUUAGACGAACCUAGUAGCAUAAUUAGAGAGCUCGAAUCUUUAUCGUCAGAUGAUGAUAUUGGGAACAUGGUCUUAAUACAUUUGAUCAAAAGACUACAGCCAACAGUGGCUUUGAGGUCUUAUCAAGAUUUGUUUAACCAGCUGUUAGGCAGCUCGACCGAAUCGUCUACAUUUUCGGGAUCUCAAAACUCUUUUCAUACAAGUAUGCUGAGAUCCUGUGCAUUGCAUCUGCUUUAUCGAAGACACGCUAGAGUGAUAAUCCCGAUCAGCUCUAAGAAUACAUACAUCGUUUCGCCCUUGGCCCCAAUCGGAAGUCAUCCACAGGAGGACUACCAUGACAUUGACGAGAUUUCUGCUUUAAGAAGACCGCUCAUUUAUCAGAAUCAAGAGAAGUUCAAAAAAAGAUUCCCCUCCUUGCCCUCUUUGGUUUCAUUUCUCAACCUGCUGUCGACAAAGAAACCAAAGCCUUUUGGUAGCAUAAUACCGUCUAAGGAACAUAAACCCAUCUAUUUGGGAGCAUUAACAUGGUUGAUGAGGUUUGGGUAUGUGACCCAAUUACUGACAUUCGUUUGUAUCCGAGUUGAUAAACAAAUCAAGAUGGCGGUCGAAGAGGACUUAGAGAAGGAAGCACCGAGAGUCAGAAAGGAUAAUCUAAAUCGUGACAACAACAAGAUGGACAAUUUCUCCAAGGAAACAGAUUUUGUUAGUCAGAUGAUACCACAAUCUCAACUGUACCAUUCCGAGGAUGACGUGGAUAACUAUGCGUUCGACGAUCAUAACAUGGAAAAAGAUUACACUAUAAUUUUGGAACCUGAGAGGGCGACGGCAAUUGAAAAAAGGUGGAUCUUCAAAUGCAUUCAAGAUCAACCCACCGAUAUUCAGUUUUUAUUCAAUAAGGUCUUAAAAUACUUCAAUGGUAAGACACCUAUGGAAUUGGUCCUCAUUAGAGAAGAAAUUACAAGGCAUGAGCUGAAAAGGAUAUUGAAUGCCCUUCCCCGCUAUUGCGUAGAGUUUCAUCAUUGGUGA